GGGUGACAUCAGUGUAAAGAAAGGAGAGUUGAGGUAACAGCUGCUCUGCCUGCCAGGAGAUUGGAGGGGGACACCGCUGACGUCCUCUGAAUCUCCCUCAAGGAGAAACGCGCAUAUCGACAAAAACAAGUAGGGCGCCUUCCUUGCCUCGUAUCCACGCGGGGUGCUUUCGUGGAAAUGUGUUUUGACGUUUUGCUCCCUGCAUCCCGCGGACAGACAGGCGCGUGCGUUUUAAUAUCCUCGAUGCAUUCUCUUCUCUUCAUCCAUGCUUGUGGAUACACCGCCGUAAUGCUAAUAACAACAACAACCUCAUCAUCAUCACAGUGAAGGUGAUGCAGCUGGUGGUGAAAUGGUCAGAACCGAGAGACUAUUUGAGAAAAUAUGCAUGCACUUGAUGUGUGAAGGGCAAGGAGGAGACGGAGAAUGCGGGUGUGUGAUGUGGCGUUGAUCAUGCGACUUCGCCCAGGCUGCCGCUCUCCAGAAACCGUGUCGGGACCCGCGGCGGAUGGGGUGACUUACCCGCAGGGGAAGACCCGGACCAGGGCCGCCAGAUCCUGAAGCACCCCCGGUGUGUCUCCGCGGGACGGAGGGAAGAUGCAGGAGGCGACGGAAGAUGGACAGGAGCCCAUACUGAACGGAGCUGGGAGGGAAGAGCAGCGUCCGGUGAAGCAGUCCUUGGCUUCCUCUCUGUGUCGAGAGUCUCACUGGAAGUGUCUUCUCCUCACUCUGCUCAUGUUCGGCUGUUUCGGCACACUGGCCUGGUGCAAGCUGUGCAAAGUCCCAGUACUCGCUCCGACAGAGCCCGAAGCUGCGGUUGUGGAGCCGGGAGACCCCUCCACGACCUCAGCUAGCUCUGGUGCCUACAUCCCCCUUGAAGUGGAUCUGGAUAGUCCCUGUUCCAGUGGCUACAUUUAUAUUCCUCUGGCUUUCCUGGCCAUGCUGUACGUGGUCUACCUGGUGGAAUGCUGGCACUGCUACUCCAAGACGGCCAUGUUGGCUCAAGCAGAGGUUACGGAGGUGUACGAGCGCGUGCAGAGGCUCCAGCAAGCAACGCCGUGCAUCUGGUGGAAGGCCAUCAGUUACCACUAUGUGCGACGGACAAGACAGGUGACGCGCUAUCGCAACGGGGACGCCUAUACCACUACGCAAGUGUAUCACGAGCGUGUAAACACCCAUGCGGCGAGCUCAGAGUUUGACUAUGCGAGGUAUGGUGUCAAAGACGUUUCGAAGGAGUUAAGGGGCUUAAAGGAUCAUCCAGCGGUACGGCUGCGUUUCACUAAAUGCUUUAGUUUUGCUAGUGCCCGAGCGGAGGCUGCCUACCUGACCCAGCGUGCACGUUUUUUUGGUGAAAACGAAGGUCUUGAUGAUUACAUGGAGGCACGGGAGGGAAUGCAUUUGAAGAACGUGGAUUUCCGUGAGCACAUCCUAGCUUUCCCAGACCCGGCCAGACAGCCCUGGUACGCCAGGCGUAAAGUUUUCUGGCUGGCCUCGGCUCUGCUCCUGUCCUGGCCGCUUCGGGUUGUGGCGGAGUAUCGCACUGCGUAUGUGCACUACCACGUAGAGAAACUGUUCGGCGAUGCUGAUGAUAACAAUACGGGUGACGUAACUGAGAACAGCGGGGGCAUGGAGAAUGGAAACGGACCUGGACCUGGCACUGGAUCAAGCUAUCGUGCCAUUUCACGAGUAAAUACGGUGGACAUGACGGAGCUAGAGUGGCACAUUCGCUGCAACCAGCAGAUGGUGCCCAGUUACUCCGAGGCCCUGUUGAUGGAUCCCGGUUCGGGUGCCAACACUCCUCCAGCCGGGCAGGGGACUAACUCGACACCGGUUGGCCCGUCUUAUCCAGUGGCCUUCGCUUCGGCUUACUUGCUCCAGAACUGUCCUCGUUGCCGCCGCACCACAAGCAGUGCUUCCCUGCCAUCCCGGCUGAGAGGCCCGACCGCAACCCUGCUGAGUGGAACCAUGGCUGGGAUGAGAUCUAGUGCAUCAGGAGGUGGUCCUGGAGGCCCGGGACGGCUGGUUCUGAGCAGGAGCGGCUUCUCAUUAGGACGGCUCCAGGCUCCUCGCCCGUCAUCCCUCUUCCACUCCCGAAGUGUAGGUGGAGGGCUAGCAGCAAGAGGAGAAGAGGCAAGUGGAGGAGGUGGUUUCUUAGGCUUGGGAACUAGACAAGACGAAGAGAGCAGACGAGUGCUGGAGGGAGAGGGUGAUGAGGAUGAGGAGGUGGCGAAUGUGGUGGAAAGAGAAGAAGGUGAGGGAGACGGGGAAGAAAGAGAGCAACAAGAGGAUGCAGAAGAAGGGGAAGCAAGGGAAAGAGACAGACCUCCUACAUAUCAGGAUGCCCUUUUCUUCCCAGUGUUGAUUGUGCAUGGAGAGGAGAGUUGCCAUUCAGGUGAGGACAUUUCUUGAGGAAAAGACACUAAAC